AUGGCUGGGUUUGUACAGGCUAUUGGUAUUAUCAACGGACUUCUUGGUAUUGUCCAAUUCGGAAUCAACAACUUUGAAAGUCAACCUCCACCAGGGUCGACUAUCAAGUUUGCUAUAGGUCUUGAUAGCCAAAGUGGUCUUACGAAUGCCGGUGGUGACCUACCUGAUGUUCGCAUAUGGAAUCUUUAUGGAAAGUUUGUCGGCAUGACAGAUGACCCCGGCUCCGUAGGUGACGGGGAUAUCGGACAAGUCUAUGUCUCGCACGAAAAUCAAGGCGUGUACUCCCUCAUGUCGGCAAACGACGAUGCCAUAUGUAUUGCCUGGGCAUCAACAACAUGGAGCGCGGAACGCGGGGGAAACAAGUACGCUGUGUCCGGUGACUUCGGCCGUGAGUGCGGUGGUACAUGGUACCAUAGUGGAAUGUUCCCUUAUGACAACUCCCAGUAUCAACCAGAUUGCUUCUGGAUCGAUGCCAACGGCGAUCAGCCCAACACUGGAUUUCAAGUACGAUGGCCCUCUUACGCUGGCGUAAAGUUCAACGAGAGCAGCAAAGAUCCGGGAAAAUUCUGCAACGGUAUCGAUUUCGGUCUACGCACGGAGAAGGACCCUAGUUCCAUUACUUACUACACGAAUCCAACCAAACGCGAGACCCCAAGCACUCCGAAACGUGUUUCUUGGGCAGCGUCCCGCCUCGUGGUUAGUGAUUCAGCGUCCCAUUCGGCGAAGAGACUAUGUGAAUCGGAAACAUCUAUGGGCCCAGACUUUGCUCACAUUGACGAACAACUCUUCUGUGAUAUGGGCACCAAGACACUCUACUCAUUUUGCAACAAUGGGAAGAAGACUGAUUGCUUCAAUAUGGAUACCCAGAAGCUUGCUACUGCCCAAGGUACACGUAUCAGUGCCAGCACUCGGUCACCAUAUAGUACUGUGGUUGACUGGAGAAAGGGCGGUAAAGCGUAA